GAUCCCGCCCGCCGCACGCACGCGCACUGCGCCCAGCAUGAGGGUCGCAGCUCUGAUCAGUGGUGGGAAGGACAGCUGUUACAAUAUGAUGCAGUGCAUUGCUGCUGGGCACCAGAUUGUUGCUUUAGCAAAUCUAAGACCAGCUGAAAACCAAAUGAAGUCAGACGAGCUGGAUAGCUACAUGUAUCAGACGGUGGGUCAUCAUGCCAUUGAUUUGUAUGCAGAAGCAAUGGCUCUUCCCCUCUAUCGCCGCACCAUCAGAGGAAAGAGUGUGGACACAGGACGAGUGUACACCGAAUGUGAAGGUGAUGAGGUUGAAGAUCUCUAUGAGCUUUUGAAACUUGUUAAGGAAAAAGAAGAAGUGGAAGGGAUAUCAGUAGGUGCUAUACUUUCUGACUAUCAGCGUGUUCGAGUAGAAAAUGUGUGUAAAAGGCUUAAUCUUCAGCCGUUAGCUUACCUUUGGCAGAGAAACCAAGAAGAUUUGCUCCGAGAGAUGAUAUCAUCUAACAUUCAGGCGAUCAUCAUCAAAGUAGCAGCUUUGGGUUUAAAUCCAGAUAAGCAUCUUGGAAAAACUCUGGAUCAAAUGGAGCCUUAUCUCUUAGAGCUUUCUAAGAAAUACGGAGUCCAUGUUUGUGGAGAAGGUGGAGAGUAUGAGACGUUCACUUUGGAUUGCCCUCUAUUUAAGAAGAAAAUAAUUGUAGAUUCAUCAGAAGUAGUCAUACAUUCAGCUGAUGCCUUUGCACCUGUGGCUUACCUACGCUUCUUAGAAUUGCACCUGGAGGACAAGGUGUCCCCAGUUCCUGACAACUACAGAACGUCUAAUUACAUACACAAUUCUUAAAAAGCAUUUUUGAACAAUGUUUACUGAGCUGCCAUUUUUACAUGAAAAAAUUACAUAGUAUUUUCUCAAUUAUUAUGUCCAGCUUUUUCUCACAACCUCUUUGUCAUCAGAAAAAUGUUAAUGGAACCAUUGAUUAAUUGGGGGAAUGUGAAUGCCAUGUUCAUUACAUUGUCAAGUUACUCGGGAUUUACUCUGACUUUUAUUGACACAUCCUAUUCAUGUCCUCUAUACUCUAUAGGAUAUGUGCCUUUUUUUUCUUAGUUUUGCUUCAUAUACAGCCCUCACUUCUGUGACAUAUUUUGCUUUUGUCACACUGGCUUAUUUUCCUUUUUGUCUCUUUACUGCUCUUAUGUCUGCCAAUAGUAUCAUGGUGCACAAGAAGCAUUUGGAAAUGAGGAUGAAAAGGCAAUCACUUAGCCAAUCAAGUUGAUUCUAUUGGGUAUCACCAAAGUGCUGUAUGAUUUUUGUUUAUAGUAUAUUCAUUGUUUCAAUAUUAC